CAAGCACCAAUACCGAGCCCAAGUCUAACUCCAGCAACAGCAUCUUCAGCAACAAUGACAAUGACAAUGCCAACAGCCAUCAAAUCCUGGCAAAUUUUGAUUUGGUUGAUCUAAUGCCAUAGUCCAUAAACCAGAGGUGAGAUGUCCCACUGAGAGGGCGAGUUAAAUUUGAGUAAUACGGCCCUGAUAGCAUUCUACUUGGUCCAGGCUCAGGCGCAAGCAACCACUUCCAACAAGUUGAGGUCCUCGAAUAUAAAGCCGGUCCCCUUCGCCAGCCGAUUCUAUCUUUGUCUUAAUCAGGCCACCAAGAUCUUGCCUUCUUGUCGAGCAGCUUCUCCAUCUUCCAUUACAUUAUAUUACAAUCCCCCACUGUUCAGCCAGAUAUAGUUAGUUCUUACACUGGCACAUUCGCAUUCAAGGUAUCUCAGGUAAAGCCUCUACUCUACUCCCACUAUCUACCAACUGGGGACCAGGUAACUCAACGAAGAAGGAGAAUUCUUAGAGCAGGACGGAGGUAGCAGAGGAAGAAACUGUGUAGCACAUCCAACAUCCAACAUCCAAUAUCCAAUCCAGCAGCAGCGCUACUAGCGGCAGCCAAACGCAAAGAAACUCACCGCUGUACUCAUACUGCUUCUCUUCUACCCAUCGGUUGCUCGACACACAACUCACACACAGACACUUAAACACACAUAUUCACACACUUAGACACUGGCAUGUGGAUUGAGGUGGAGGUAGCUUACCUGACGGCGUCCAACACGCAGUUAAACGCGCUGGUACCUCGAACCUGCUACUUACCACUUGUGUGCUACAGUUAUGUCGAAUCAGUUUAAGUUGCUACUGGUGUACUCUAGUUUCAGCUGCACUAUUACGUGAAUUAGUAUUGUGCCACUAUGACUGAUAGCUGACUGCUGUUAGAUCAGCAAACUCAAAGAAGAUCUCCUGGUGGAUCAGUCAUCGGAUUUUUUAUCAGUUAUUAGUUGAUCCCAACUAGUGUCAGUGAUGUGUUGCUAGCUUGCUUUUUUUUCAAAAAGGCUUAAUGCAUUAUUGUAGCUCUUGUUUUGUGGUGUGAUAGUGAUUGCAAUGAAAUCCUGGAUCUGGAACUAACGCUGGAGAAUUUUAUACAAGGUCACAGGUACUGAGCCAAGGAGACAAGAUGCCAACGGACUUGGUGAUAACCUCUUCCGCGGCGGAAGAAACACGGUCGAGGGACUUGCUGAUAUCCACGAGGAACACAUCUCAUGGAUCAAGUUCCUCAAACUCAGGAGGAGGCUCUGGAUCUUCUGGAUCCCGACAGUUUGAUCCAGCAAGCUUAUCAGCUUACCACCACCAUCACCAUCAUCAUCACCAUAGUUUCGUAGCGGGGCUAGGCCAUCCUCAUCACCGGGAGUCAUCAGCUUUCGUUCCGGUGGUACCAUCGCGGCUGCAUCUAGCGCCUUAUCCUGGAGAUAUGCAUCCACAUCUUUCAGGACCGCCUCCGCAACCGAAUUCAGCGAAUUCGAACCAGGAACAUGAUGCUCCAGAUGGCCCACCAGUGAGGAAGUCUUCUAGUUAUGACAUAAUGGCGAUGAUGGCUGACAAAAGGAAGGAACUAGCUGCAGCACGAGCUCUUCUUCUGCCACCACCUCCACUGUUGGAGCCUCCGCAAGGAUACCCAGUUUUUACGGGUCCAUUUCCUGGUAGCAGUGCCAUGUACCCACCUGGAGGACCUCUAGCUCAUCAGCACCUAGACCGGAGAUUGCUUCGUGCUCCAGGAAGAGCAUCUAGACCUAAAAAACAGUUCAUUUGUAAAUUCUGCAAUCGGCAGUUUACGAAAAGUUAUAAUUUGUUGAUUCACGAAAGAACUCAUACUGACGAGAGACCGUAUUCCUGUGAUAUAUGUGGAAAAGCUUUUCGACGGCAGGAUCAUCUUAGAGAUCAUCGGUACAUCCACAGCAAGGAGAAGCCGUUCAAGUGUGGCGAAUGCGGAAAGGGCUUCUGCCAGAGUCGCACCCUCGCAGUGCAUAAGAUUCUUCAUAUGGAGGAGUCACCCCACAAGUGCCCAGUCUGCGCCAGGAGCUUUAAUCAGCGCAGCAACUUGAAGACGCACUUAUUGACCCACACCGACCACAAGCCCUACGAAUGUACAUCCUGCGGGAAAGUCUUCCGAAGGAACUGCGACUUACGUAGACAUGCACUUACUCACGCAGUAGGUGACGUCCCACCCGAAGCCCUCGAGGAAGCUCUUCGAGACGACGACAGUCCUGAAGAAGAUGGCCCAGAAGCUUCAGGUCCGGGUCCUUCUAGUUCAACUUCUAGUUCAACGUCUUCCAGUAAUCCGAAUCCUAAUCCCAGUUCUAACUCAAACCCCAGCAGUUCCUCUUCAAGCUACACACCUCAGAACCUGACACCAAGACCUCAGCUGCAAAUUCGACGGGAUUUGCUCCCAGUGAAACCAGCUACCAUUACCAGUAAUGGUCAAAGCAACCCCCCAGCUCAUUUACCGCCACCUCCUCCUCCACCACCACCAAUCCUUACCUCCUACCGCCGAAGACUUGGAUCACCUGGUCCGUCAAGGGUUCUCCUGGAGAUUCAGGAACGAGAACGUGAACGCGAACGAGAACUUGAACGACAAAGGGAACGAGAACGGGAACGCGAAAGGAUUCAAGAAGAGAAGUCUCGGGCUCCAAGAGCUCCAACUCCGCAACCACCGCCACCACCUAGACCCGCACCUGCUAGACAAGGAUUCACCAUCGAGGACAUAAUGCGCCGGUAAAAUAAUAAAGAGACACUAAAAGUGCUUAUAUUACUUAUAUUGCUUUAGACUGGUGUCAGAAGAGCCGGAAUCCGCUUAACGGAUUCGUAAUGACUUUAAAAAAAAGAACGGUGUGGCAUGCUUCUGUACCAUCAAUCAUCGGACUCUUGAGAGUCGAGGGGCAUCCAUUAUCCCAAGGACAAAAAGAUUUGAAUGUGCGUGAGAAUAUAUGUGUGUUGGUUUGAGUAUGAGUAAGUUAAAAAUGAAUAUCUAUAUGCUUUAUGUAUUUAUAAAGAGAGACUGAAGGCGAUUGGACUGAAGUUAAGGAAAUGGCGGAGUCAUCCUUCCCGCAGAGAUUUCAACUCCCAACUUGAGGAUCUAAGUUAUAUCCAAGACACUGCUCAUUGCCCGUACUCGUUUAAUGAUGUAACGCUCAUAUAUUAACUAUUCAUAAGCAUAAAUCCUUUUUUUUUUGUGGUGAUCAACAAGUACAAUCUCAAUAGUGCAACGACCACUAAUUCUACAUGGUAAAAAAUUUUUAAAUAUUUAACCUUUUCUAGUUGACUUUGAUUUUUUAAUUUGUUUAAGUUUUGAUUGCAAUCAGAAUUUUAUUAUUCAAGAAAAUGUAUACUUAUUUUUGGUAAAAUCUUUUACUGUGUAGAAAUGAUGGUUAUUUAGCUUCCAGCAUCACACAUUAUCGUUAUCAGUAACUGUAAGUGAAAUUUUAGGUUAAGAACGCUUCGCAGUGCAAUUGGUCGGUGAUAGUACUAUUAUUUUAAUCAAACAAAGGAAACCUAGCUGGAAUUUAAGAAAAAGGUUUAAGUUUAGUGUAGCAGUUACAACUAUACGGCAAGUAGUAUCCUCCAGCAGGGUUUCUAUUCGGUGUAAAUAGAUGUGGCCUGUGCCAAUUACGUUAACAAAGUGAGCAUAGUGUGAUUACAAAAGUGCUUCCAAGAAUUAGUAUAAAGCUCACUGUUGAAAGUUUAAAUGAUCCUCGAAGAUACAAAGGCUGGAUUCGUUCUUUGUGGAUGCAAAAUUUACCCGCUUAAAACCAGCUACGGACUCUUAUGUCUCGAGAAUCCAGUGUAGGGUAUAGGACACUAGCAUCUACGUUUAGUUUAUGUGUGUGUAUGUGUGCUACCGUGUGACAGGUGCAAUCGUUCUGGAAACCGGCGGUAGAUGUCGGGUGCCAAGGAUUGGUUACCUGUCCGUUAAAUCUAUUCGUGAAUUAAUAAUAAUAAAUAGUAGACCCUCAUCUCAUCAACACAAAAACCAGGUCUAUACCCGAGUAUUGGUUGAUGGUAUACCUGCACUUUCUCGUGUAGUUUUCAAAUAAAUGUUAACUAUUAACUAGUCGCUUUGUCCGGGUCUAUGGACGAUAAAUGGUAGCAGUCUUUAAAAAAAUAUCACAAAGGGACUAGACCUUCAAGCUUCUGUUCUCAUACUUCUUUUUCUGCCACCCGAUAUUGCGCCAUAAAAGAAAUUCUAUUUGUACCACUUUACCGAGAAGCAGCCAUAGGUUGCCGGAAUUUACUGAAAAAUAGCUCAUUUUCAGUUCUUUCUUAUACUUGCCCCAAAAAAGGGCUUUUUGUACGUUUUUUUCUUUUUUGAGUGUUGAAGAGGCCCAAACAACCAUUAGAAGGAAUUUAAAGGUUUUAUCCGCAUCGGCUUACAUCAAUUUUGCCAAAUUAUAAAUUUUUUUUCGAAAGAAUUUUUUCAAGUUUCUGCAAAAUUUUCCCUGAAAAAAAAACGUAUCGAUUAUGAGUACAAAAAAAAAAAAUUUUUUUUGUACUUUUUCUAGACCAAACAUAACGAAAAGAACUCAUCUGACAAUAAAUAAUUGCUUAGAUAAACAAAAAAUUAUAGAAGAAGUUUUGAAAUUUUUAACAUUUUUUUUCUGGGCGCCAGUAGAAAAAAGUAAAAAUUUUAAAUUAUUGAUAACUUCAAAACUUUAAAUUUUUUUUUAAUGCGUUAUAAUACCUGUUUUGUCCCCUCAACAUCUUUAAAGAUUAUUUCAAACUUAAGAGCUCUUUUAGGUCAAUAUAGUAAAAAAAGGACGAAACCGGAUCCUCUAAAAAAAUCUAUUUUUUUUUCUCCGAAGAAAUCUAUUGUCAACAUAAGUGAAACUGCUACCAAGCAUAUAAACUUAAAAAUUUUAUCAGCAAUUUUUUUUAAUUUUUUUGUAACUAUUUUGAAGCCUUUCUGCACAAAGGAAAAAUAUUGGACAUAUUUUUAGAAACUGAGAUAUCAAUUUCAUGAAAUGUCAUGUAUUUAAAUGGCUUAAUACCUAUUCCACUUCAACAAGUUGACAAUAUUUCAUUUUGCAUAAAAAGGGCGGACAAAAAAAUUCUUGAAAUCGUAUUUUUUCCUGGGCGGAGCAAAUUAAUUUCUUUUAAAAAAGGAUAAGAGUGUGUCUGUUUUGCUUCUUGGAGAGCACAAAGAAAAAAAAUUUUUAAAAAUCCUAUGUGGCUUCUGAGCAUGUUAAGAUGUGUGUGUUUGUGUUGAUGAAAGAUACAAACGUAAAUGCUAAGUGUCUUAUACCCUUAUGUUAUUAAGCGAACUCAAAUCGGUUGAAGGAUCUCUUAAAGAAUUUUUAAAAAAGUACUUUAUAAAUAAAAAAAAAAAAAAAAACUAUGAAGAAACGAGAGAUGAGGUCGUAUUAAUUAUGUGAUAAUUUAGGUACAUUUAUCAUGUAAACGUAUAAUGUAUUUUGAAAUUGAACAAUAUUUUUAUUUAGCCUAAUUAAGAUACAAACAAUUUUAAUAAAAUAAGUAAUGUCAUGAUAUAAUGAAUGUGUUGGUUGUUAAAUUUAUAAAUAUUAAAAAAAGUGAUUCUUGUUUUUGUGAAAUACAUUGAAUUGAUGAUUGACUAUGUAUAGUACAAUUUUAUCUAUUUUCUUAUAAGCGGUUGUGACGAAAAUUGCGGCCAUGUUUUUUAGGAUACCUAUUUUUAUUAUUAAUAUUAAUAUUAUAUAUUUUUAUGUUUAAUGUACUGUAAUGUCAAUAUAAGGUCGAGUAUUGUUACGGAAAAUACAACUGAUGUAAUAUACGAUAAGAUUAUAAAACAAAUAUAUAUAGAUGAACAAAUAAAGGAAAUUAUUAUUCAAA